AUGGGACUUCCACUGUAUCAGCCUCCGGAGAAGGUGGAGAAGAAGACCGAGGAGAAUGAGACCAACAAAGACGACCAGUCUUCCAAUGGCGGCGGUCUCAAGCACAGUCUCCCCGGUCUGGAGACUAUGAACCCGCAGACUCUCCGAGACAUUGUCAACUCUAGCAUGAGCCAACAGGCUCAAGAGUCACAGCUCCCUGGUGCCCAGGAUGAUGACGACCGAGAGACUGAUCGUCCCGCCGAUUAUUACAACGGCAACUGGGGUCUUUGGGUCGCCCCAUACCAGAGAGGCCAAGUCGCGGAACGCCUCCGCUCGGGUCAGUCUCUCCACCGAGCCCAGCGUCCCCCUCCCUUGACGCGUGAGAAUACAUCCACGAGCCGUUCCACCAUCGCUCUCACCGAUGCUGCCUACUAUGACCCUGACAACCAUGUACGUCACGCGCCGCCGGCGAUUCCUGACGUUGAGGAGGAAGAGGAUGAAGAGGAGCUUACCUCUCUCCAAAGAAUGUUGCAGCCCGCAAUGUCACAGGCGGUGAUGUUCGCGCGCCACGAGACCCUGAUGCUGAUUACGACUCCUCGCCUUCGUAGUCGAUUUACACCCACCCUCGCCCCAUGCGAGGAGAGCGCCGACGAGAUUGAUGACGGCAUAAAUGUGGCAGAUCUUCGGGAAUGGUACUUUCUCAAUGCUCUUGACGACCUCGAGUGGGAUCAAUGCGAUGAAGAUGGCCAGUGA